CCUUGGCCCUGCGGCCGUUGGGGACUGGGGUGUAGGAGGGGCUGGCACGUCCUCCGUCCUGCUCGGAGAGCCCGUUUCUUCCAGAGGAUUUUCUAGUCCUAAAGGGACCGGGGCGGUCAUCUCGUCAGUCCUUCUCUUCAUUUGCUGGGUGAAGCCCGUGAGUCAGAGAGAAUUUCAGAAUGACUUCCAUCUUGACUUACACUUUUAAAAGUUUUCCCACUACAUCAAAAUGGGCCCUGAGAUUUUCUAUAAGACCUCUGAGCUCUUCUUCCCAUCUACGAGCUGCCCCAGCUGUCCAGACCAAAUCAAAGAAGACCUUAGCCAAACCCAAUAUAAGGAAUAUCGUGGUAGUGGAAGGUGUCCGCACUCCAUUUUUGCUGUCAGGCACAUCAUACAAAGACCUGAUGCCACAUGAUGUAGCUAGAGCAGCACUUUUGGGGCUAUUGCAUCGGACCAGUGUCCCAAAAGACAUUGUUGAUUAUAUCAUUUUUGGCACAGUUAUACAGGAGGUGAAAACAAGCAAUGUGGCUAGAGAGGCUGCCCUUGGAGCUGGCUUUUCUGAUAAGACUCCGGCUCACACUGUCACCAUGGCUUGCAUCUCUGCCAACCAAGCCAUGACCACAGGUUUUGGCUUGAUUGCUGCUGGCCAGUGUGACGUGAUCGUGGCAGGUGGUGUAGAAUUAAUGUCCGAUGUCCCUAUUCGUCAUUCACGGAAAAUGAGGAAAAUGAUGCUUGAUCUCAAUAAGGCCAAGACUCUCGGUCAGCGACUGUCUUUAAUCUCUAAAUUCAGAUUGAAUUUCCUAUCUCCUGAGCUCCCCGCAGUAGCUGAGUUUUCCACCAAUGAGACUAUGGGUCACUCUGCAGACCGACUGGCUGCAGCCUUCUCUGUUUCUCGACUGGAGCAGGAUGAGUACGCACUGCGCUCGCAUAGCCUGGCCAAGAAGGCACAGGAUGAAGGGCUCCUUUCCGAUGUUGUUCCCUUCAAAGUACCAGGAAAAGAUACAGUUACGAAAGAUAAUGGUAUUCGUCCAUCCUCCCUGGAGCAGAUGGCCAAACUAAAACCUGCAUUCAUCAAACCCUAUGGCACAGUGACAGCUGCAAAUUCUUCUUUUCUGACCGAUGGUGCAUCUGCAAUGCUGAUUAUGGCAGAAGAAAAAGCUCUGGCCUUGGGUUAUAAACCAAAGGCAUAUUUGAGGGAUUUUGUGUAUGUGUCCCAGGAUCCAAAAGAUCAACUUUUACUCGGACCAACAUAUGCUACUCCAAAAGUUCUAGAAAAGGCGGGAUUAACAAUGAAUGAUAUUGAUGCUUUUGAAUUUCAUGAAGCUUUCUCAGGUCAGAUUUUGGCUAAUUUUAAAGCCAUGGAUUCUGAUUGGUUUGCACAAAACUGCAUGGGUAGAAAAACCAAGGUUGGAUUGCCUCCGUUGGACAAGUUUAAUAACUGGGGUGGAUCUCUGUCCUUGGGACACCCAUUUGGGGCCACUGGUUGCCGGCUGGUUAUGGCAGCUGCUAACAGAUUGCGGAGGGAUGGAGGCCAGUAUGGGUUAGUGGCUGCCUGUGCAGCUGGAGGACAGGGACAUGCUAUGAUAGUGGAAGCUUAUCCAAAAUAAGAGCAAGACGGAGGUGACCUGGAAUUUGUGUGCAACACUCACAGUAGGCAAUGCCAUUUCAAUGCAUUACUGAAUGACAUCUAUAGUUCCCAGCUCCUCUUAGGAAAACAAACUUUGUGGCCUCUGUAAAAUACUUUGCAAUUAAACCUUGCCAGUAUGUGAGCUUUCCAGUAAUCACGGCUUACUGCUUCUUCAGGGAUUUCUUAGUCACCAGAGUCUCAUCAGUAACACAUUUAAGCAAUUCUUUUUUUUGUCUCUUCCUUAAGGACUAAAUGAAUGGUUACAAUUUAGAAAAAGAGAUUAGCUGAGAUUUGGAAUCAUUUUUGUAAUGUUUGCACAUUUAUACCCAUUCUUAUUUGUGACCUAAAGAUAAAGUGUCUUCUAUAAAAUGCAAACCAAUGUGCCUAAUUAACUUAGUUAUGGAAAGAUAAUUCAAAGUCUAAACGUCACUGAGAAUUUACAGUAAAUGUUUAGAUACAUAAACACCAUAAUGGUUAACCCCAAUAAAGUAGAGA